UAAUUUAAUUAAAAAAAAUAGAAGCAGAAAAUAGGGAAAUGCUGCAGUGAGUGAAAUGCUGAAAUUGUGCAUCAAUCCAUGUCGGACUUGGACGACAUUGAUCUACAACCGGAAGACUUCCAGUCUUCAGUUCCGUUGAAGAAAGUCCCAUACGGCGACGUUUUCGAGGCUUCUAGGGCCGGCGAUGUCGACCGCCUCCGCUACCUGCUCGAGUCCGGCGUCAAUGUUAACGCCAGAGACCGCUGGGACUCCGUCGCGCUCUAUUACGCAUGUCUCGCAGGUCACCUCGACGCCGCCCGGAUGCUCCUUGAAUGCGGCGCCAUUUGCUCCGAGCACACCUUUGACGGCGACCGUUGCCACUACGCCGCCCUCAAUCUCAAGGUCCGCAAGCUCCUCAAGGCCUUUGAGGCUCGUCCUCCCCCUCUCGCCCCCUUGCAGGCCGCCCUUAGGGACACCUUCUUGGGAUGCUCCGCCAAUGCUUAUGGCUACGCGGCUGAACAAAACUCCGAUGCUCCUUACUCCUUGGUUCCAGGUAAUUCAGCUAAUGGAGCUACCAGCACCAGCCACUUUCCACCAGAUGUUGUGUUUUAUGUGCAGGGGAGGCCUGUCGAAGCUCAUAGAGUCAUUUUGAGUGCAAGGUCACCUUUUUUCAAGAAAAAAUUCCAAAUGGAGUGGAAGGAUCGCAAAGAAAUCCGAUUCUCAAGGGAAAAGCUAUCAUAUCCUGCUCUUUACAGCCUCAUCCACUUCUUUUAUUCUGAUAGACUUGAGAUAGCAGUAGACGACAUGGAAGAUCUUGUCAGAAUUUGCAAAGUUUGCAAAUGCGAGUCGUUGCAAAUUCUUCUUGAGAAAGAGCUGAUUCAUCAAAGAUACGCUGAGUAUAAAGCUCUCAGAGAUAUAGAUAACUCUCAAAAACGAUUUAUUUUGCAGGGACUUUCACUUCCAGAUGAAGACCGUCUUUCUACUGCAUUACAUCAUAUGCUUCAAAUUUCUCUUGCCAAUUCUAAGAGAGAAUGGAAUCUUGAGAGUGAUGUUGAUGGUCUUGUAUCCAUUGUUGGUUCAGCGCAGAUGAUUGACUUUGAGGAUGAUCUUGCUGAUGUUUGUGUGAAAGUUGAGGAGAAGAUUUUUCGUUGCCAUCAGGUGAUCUUAGCUGCAAGAUCUGAAUACUUUAAGGCAAGAUUAUCUCGCAUGAAGGAUUUUCUUGAAGGAAGUAAUGGCUUACCUGAUAAUACAUUUUUAUGCCUUGAGGAGCAUGACCUGAGUAUGGGAGCUUUUGAGAAAAUGAUAGAGUAUAUGUAUACUGAUGGCUUGAAGGACAUAGACCCAGAUCAGUCUGAAGAGUUGUUUGAUGCCGCAUCAAGGUACCUGCUAUUUCCGCUUAAGCGUGCAGUAGCAGAUGCUUUGCUGCCACAUCUAGAAAUGGUGCCUCCUGCUGAGUUGUGCCAUUGGCUGAUAUUGUCAGACAUGUACGGUGUUCUGAAGAUUCGGGAGUAUUGUCUUGAUGCAAUUGCUUGUAACUUUGAAACAUUUGCUGAAACUCUGGAGUUCAGGGCAAUGCUGUUGACGCUGCCACCACCAUCAGGGGAUUCCACACUUCGCACAACUGCUCCAAGUGCCCCGGGCGCUGAGAUGAACACAGCCGAAGGGAACCUUCUGGAUGAUUUGCGAGAGAAAUGGCUCGAAGCUGAAGCUGCUGAACUCGACGAAAGAGAUGAAAGUGCAUUGCUUUUCGAUAAGCGCCUUGAGAUGCUUAUGCAUUUGGCAGAACAAGAGAGAUCUGGUGGCUUAGAUGAUACUUCUUGACUGGUAAAGGAUAUUGAACCACGCCGCCUCUGGCACCAGAAUGCUAUAGAGUAUUAUUCACUCUAAAUAUAUUUAUCCAUCCUUGUUAAUUUAGUUGUAAAAUUAGAAUGUAAAAGAAAAUGAAAAGGAUCUUAACCACACCAAAUAAAUAGUGUUGUGCCCCUUUUUUUU